AGGGUUGAGGGGUGGGAGGCGCUGGCCGGCCAGAGUUGCGGAGCUCCUCCAGCGCGUGUGCCCGGCCACUUGGUCGUCAUGGACGAGGUCUUGGCUGAAGAGCUUGAUGAUGAGGAGCAGCUGGUGAGGAGGCAUCGGAAGGAGAAGAAGGAGCUGCAAGCCAAAAUUCAGGGAAUGAAGAACGCUGUUCCCAAGAACGACAAAAAGAGGAGGAAGCAACUCACGGAAGAGGUGGCUAAAUUGGAGAGAGAAAUGGAGCAAAAACACAGGGAAGAACUGGAGCAAUUGAAGCUGACUUUGAAAGACAGUAAGAUAGAUUCUGUUGCUGUUAACAUUUCAAACUUGGUACUUGAGAAUCAACCACCUCGGAUCUCAAAAGCACAAAAGAGACGGGAAAAGAAGGCUGCAUUGGAAAAGGAGCGGGAAGAAAGGAUAGCUGAGGCUGAGAUUGAGAACUUAUCUGGAGCCAGACAUCUAGAGAAUGAAAAACUUGCUCAAAUAUUGGCAGCCAGAGAAUUGGAAAUCAAACAUAUUCCGUCUGAUGGUCAUUGUAUGUAUGGAGCACUUGAGGAUCAGCUGAGAGACCAAGACUGCGCUCUGACUGUGGCCACCCUCAGGAGGCAGACUGCUGAGUACAUGCAGAGCCAUUCAGACGACUUCCUGCCGUUUUUAACAAACCCCAAUACAGGGGAUAUGUACACUCCAGAAGAGUUUGGAAAGUACUGUGACGAUAUUGUAAACACAGCGGCCUGGGGCGGUCAGCUUGAGCUAAGAGCUCUGUCACACAUCUUACAAACACCAAUCGAGAUACUACAGGCAGAUGCUCCUCCCAUUAUAGUUGGUGAAGAGUAUCGGAGGAAUCCCUUAGUACUAGUAUACAUGAGGCAUGCGUAUGGCUUAGGAGAACAUUAUAAUUCUGUUACACGGUUGGUGAACUCAGCUACUGAAAAUUGCAGCUAGUUUACAAAAUGUUACAGAGUGUGUCAAUCUACCAUGUGCUAGAUUGUUGUAAAUGCUACUGAAAAACACAGCUACCUUAAAUGACUUCAUGAAGAAGCUUACUAACAGGCAUUUAAGAAAUACGUUGGAUUAACUUUAACCAGUGCUUUCUUAGUGGCAUUUUUAGAAUUGAAAGUCUGUUGUGGAGAACGUCACUCAUAGACCACGGUGUCACUCUUCGCACUAGUUAAUUUUAGUUCUCCUGCACAUUCUGAUUUGGAAUAAAUUUUGUUUUAAAUUUUGGCCCAACAGCUUUAUGUUCCAAAAGUAAGGAUUUCAAUUUAAUUUUUCUUAAAAGUUUGGAGACCUGGUCUCUGUUGUCAUAGGAACAUAUUGUAGUGACAGCGAUCCCAGUGACUUUGGUCAGCAGUGUGCCUGCCACUCUUGAUGCAGCAAAUCUCUGCUGCAGAAGAACCUACGUCAGUAGUUCAGAGUUUUUGAAUACUUACACGAGAAUCAGUAGAGUUAAAGAAAUGAAACAAAAUCAUUGGUAAAUAGGUGUCAAAAAAUUGUGUCAAUUUUGAAUCUUUCUAACAAAUUGGAGAUUUCCCUUUUAUGUAUGUGUAGCUUUAAAAGUUUAUAACUCUUGCAUUGCUGUUUUUUCAGCCAGAGGCUGGAGUUAGACUUGAACCUUGUUUCUCUUCACAACUGAGAAUUUUUACACUUUCCCUAACACUACUCAGCUGCUUUGCUUCCUUUAGAACCUUUCCUACUGAGAGGCAUCCAGUGGCCUCUCAUGGCUCACCUAUGCAAGGUGGUGCUGUAGUGAUGCAGACAGGGCCAUGGCCAUGUUCCCCCUUUAAGUCUUUCCAGCUGUCCUAACAAGAUCUCAGCUUGAGUCACUGAAAACCCUGGCUACAAACGAUUUCCUUACAUAGUGUACUACUUUCUUCACUCAAAUGUUUGAUGAUUGUACUUUAUGUUCAGAAGCAGAGAGCUGUGUGGUAAAAUCAGUACAGAAGAAUUUUUAUGUGGAAUGACUCAUGUUCCUCAGAUUUUUGUAAGAGAGUCUUGUCCCCACACAAGUGUGUUUGCUGUUUUUAUGUCACAAAGUACCAUGAGCUGGGGCCACGGCUCUAGUAGAGCAUUUGCCUAUCGUGCAUGGCACUCAAGGUUCACUUUCUAGCACCAACAAAACACAUCAGUUUAUGAAAAUGAAACUUUUUGUUGUGAUCUGUUUUUUCCAAGUUAGAACUAUAACUAAGAUUGAGCAUCAUGUUUAUAAUAUUUGGGCUUAUGAUGAUAAAAGCAGGUAACAAUGUGGCAAGCUGCAGAGAGGCAGAGACUGGUUAGCAGAGCAAGGACUUUCUGAGAUCAUCCCAACUGACUAAAACAUACUUUGCCUGCUACACAGUGUUUCUGAAGGGUGUCUGCUUUGUAACCUUUGAUUCUUUUUUAUUCUGAAAUUUAUAAAAGCAUAAAGUUGUAAAAUAAAUGCUUUGAACGUAUUUUGAAGUAACGCUAUCUUCAUCUUACAGUAUCAGCCUUAAGGAGUAACAAAACAAAACAUGAAACAGUUAUUGAAAAUUCUGUUUUCAACAAAGAUACUCUAACUCAGUAAUGUUUCAUUGUUUGGACAAAAAUUUAAAUGUACUUAAUUAUGUAUUUCUAAUUUUUGUUUAUAUGUCUUAUUUUAAAACGGCCAGUAUAUUUAUGAAUAAAAUGUAUGGCCCACUUCUACCAUUUUAGCUCUCAAUGUAAAAGCCUUUUAAAAAUGGUGGAUGUUAAUUUAAAAACAACAUAUGCAAAUUAAGUUCGCUGCUGCUGGUCUGAUGGAACUUCCACAAGCUGUGUUCUAGUCCUGAUUGAAAACAUUUAUGUCAAUCCUGGAAUGUGUCUUCAGCCAAGAACUUUAUGUACUUACAUAUAUUUAUAGCCUGUAAAAAGUAAAACAAAGAAUGUGUAACUGUUCUGAGCAAGAUAGCUUUGCUCAUAGUAUCUGAUGUUUACCAAAAGAAUAAAUGAUAAAGGAGUUGAAUCAA